CCUCGUCAAUCUACCUGCUCUGGUUAUGUGCAUCUUGAUACUUCCAUGGCGCCAGCGGGUCCUCGCAAGAGAGUGAAGCUCACCCCACCAGGCGCGGCCGAGCAAUCUGGUCCGUCGGCGAACGACGGGGCUGCUGGUUGCUCUCCCCAUAGAGAGCGAUCGGGCUCACAGAGGCAGGGAACAACCGGUGUGAACUGGUAUCCAGUUGUUUGGCCGGCUGCCUCCAGAUCGUCCAAGGCGGCCCCCGUUACCGAGGUUGCCCGUGAGAGCAUCUCAGCCGACCACAAUCAUACACCAUCCAACACACCGUCUGCAUCAACUCGCAAGCGGGUCUCUCCCAAACCAAAUCGCCAUCUCCCCUAUCAACUGACGAGGAAAGCGGGCGCGUCCAGCAGAUCUCUCCCCGCGACCACCACGACCACUAGGAUCAACAUUGCGUCUGAUGGUUCUGCGUCUACCCCAGAGCUCAAGACAGACCCGGAUUGCGCAACGACAGAGACACCUGAUAAGGAAGAGCCAACGGAUAAGAGAGAGAACGCUCAAAGCGAUGCCCAACACGAAGUGACUCCCACGGCCGAAACGUCGGACGUGAUUGUUAGCUCGGAAGGCGGGGAGCAACCCAGUGCGUCGACUGCACCAGCUCAACCGAGUGGGUGGUUUUCGUGGUUUUAUGGCCCACCACCAACCGAUAACGCAACCCAAGAGAACUCCGUGACGACAGAAGAACCGCCCGCUAAAGAUUCGUCGCAACCCACCCCCGCAGAAUCAGUUCCAAAAGAGGAGGAAGGGGCAGACAAGACGUCAUCUGGACAGGAUCCAGCAGGCCAGGACGCAACACCAGAGGUGUCUGAGAUAUCGGGGAGUUCUCAAAAACGGUCUUGGUUACAGAUGUGGUACGGGACAUCUUCGACCAAAGGGCCAGACGAGGUCCCGAAUCAGGCCCCGAGUCAAGCUGCGAGCCAGACCCCGAGCCAGGCUCCGAGUGUGGCACCAACUGACCAUCCAAAUGCCACAGAGGAGUCUGCGGAGUCUGCCACGCCUGCUGAAAAUGCCCCAGCGUCUAUCAAUCACGAUCUCGAUAAAUCCGGUCUGUCAGAUGGGUCAGCAACGUCUAAUAGAAAUUCUAAACCAUCUGGCUGGUCCUUAUGGUUCCGCGAAUCAUCAAAGGACACGAAGAACGCAGGCACGGAUACACCACCCCCGCAGGCGGUAGAAGCUACCAUGAACCAAGAUUCCUCGAUACAGACGGCAAAAGUCGACACGGAAUCCGAAACAGAACAAAAGGCGGCGGUAGCAAAGAAAGGGGGCGUCAAGCUCAAAUCUCUCAAGAGCAGCUCUAGCUCUGCGCUUCCGGAUAAGACCACAACAGUGGAACCGGCUCCCGCCACCCCAGUGCCCAGUGCACCAGAGACUGGUGCUUCUAAACAACUACAGAAGGCAUUGACAAACCAGGUUCUGCCGCUUUUCAAAGAUACUUAUCCCUGGCAAGAACGGCCCUCCUUGAUACAGACGAUUGGACGCUUUCUACAUUACAGUAAGGAGCCAGAUAAUAGUCAUGCCUAUGCAAUCCGGGACCCUCCGCGUAUCAAAAGGGCGUUAGCCAUAGGGGUACACGGAUAUUUCCCGGCACCGCUGAUACGGAGUGUGCUCGGGCAACCCACGGGGACAUCGAUCAGGUUCUCAAACAUGGCAGCGGAUUCCAUACGCAAAUGGACAGAAGACCAUGGCUAUCAGUGUGAUAUCGGAAAGAUAGCCUUAGAGGGUGAAGGCCGCAUCGCUGAGCGUGUGGACCUUCUGUGGAAGCUUCUUCUGAACUGGAUGGAAGAAAUCCGGAAUGCCGAUUUCAUCCUAGUCGCAAGUCACAGCCAGGGCGUCCCAGUGGCUAUUAUAUUAGUCGCAAAGCUCAUCGCCUUUGGCUGCCUCAACGCUGCUCGGGUGGGUAUCUGUGCCAUGGCUGGUGUGAACCUGGGGCCCUUCGCCGACUAUCGAUCGCGAUGGAUCAGUGGUUCCGCCGGAGAGCUGUUCGAGUUUGCUUUGCCCUACAGUCAGGUUUCGAAGGACUAUGAAUCGGCACUACGGAACUGCCUCAACUUUGGCGUCCGAAUCUCCUACGUUGGAAGUAUCGACGACCAGCUGGUCUCAUUAGAGUCAUCUCUAUUCUCACCAGUAACCCAUCCCUACGUCUAUCGGGCUGUGUUUGUUGACGGAAAAGUCCACGCGCCAAGUUUCCUCUCACACCUCGUCGGUUUCGCCCUCAAACUCCGCAACCUAGGUAUCUCCGACCACGGCCUAAUCCGGGAGCUGAGCUCCCCACUAGCCGGAAGUCUCUACUCAGGAGACGGCCACUCCCGUCUAUACGACGAGGAGGCAGUCUACCGACUAGCCAUAGAAUUCGCCCUCGAAACAUCAACCGUCACAAACGCCACCCUGCACAUCAAACGAAGCCACCCCGCCUCAGCCGUAAACCCCUACAUCCUCCCGUUCGCCAUGCGCGGCCUCCUCGAAGAAGAGUACGUGCGGCGCGAGCUGUACGACGAGACGACGGAAUUGCUGAGACAGUUCGACGACUGGAAGCCGACUACGAAGGUGUUGAAGGAUGUUAAGUUUCGGUUGGAGGGGAUUCGGUCGAAGCUUUGAUUUGCUUGCCUGCUUUCACUAGAUGGAGGUCGUUUAAUGAACUGAUUGGUUGGGUUGGUUGUUUCUUUACUUCCUCUCUUCUCUCUCUCUCUCUCUCGGACGUAUCCGCUUAGAUCCAUGUUUUGCUGGGUUUUAUUUUCUUUCUUUCUUCUAGAGAAAACUGUACAUAAACCAAGACAACUGGGUGGAGUUUGUUUGAUUGUUUGGUUGUCUGAAUGAUACUACCGUGUCUAUGUACCAAACAAUCACUUAUGUCAUACAUGCACAUAUCAUUUCGG